AUGGUCUACCGUCUAUCUUUUGCUCAAGCUUUCACCGUGCUGGCCACGUUGGCACUUUCGAGCACUCAAGCUAGCGCCGCGAUCCUUCGGGAGCGACAGGACGCCCCCGCCGCCCCCGCUGCCCCAGACAUUUCGAACAUUUCCAAUAACCAGGCCCAGACUUAUCAUUUCGAUGGACUUGACCAGGAAAGCGAGAUUGCGGAUAUAAAAAAUGAAACGGCGGGCUUGGACCUGUUUUACAUCCGAGAACAGGCACUUUCCAUUGCCACUUUCCCAAGUGCCAACACGGAGGAUUGGUUUUGGUUCUUUGCCAAAACUCGAAUUGCGGUGGAUCCCACUAGAGGGCCAGGUCCCGGAUGUCAGGUCGCUCUUUACUAUGACAACAUCAAACAGAGAUUUGAUCUCGCAAAGGAGAACAACUUUGCUAGCGCCGGGGACAGCCCUUGGCACAUGCCUUCCGCCAUGAGCCCUUGGUGUUCGGGGAAUACUGAUCGGCAAGAGGUUAUCAAGAACGACAAUUACGCCACCGAACAGUACGGUUACAAGACCAUCCGCCCGGCUACCGACCCUGCGCACCAUGCGCUGAUCGUAUUAUUGAGUGGUCUUGGGUGGGACACAGCCGUCGAAAACGUCAAUGCCACAAACAUGGAAGCGAUUCCGUCUAGCGAGCAAGUCUUUGGCGAGAACGGUCAGAUCGCAGCCGAGGACAAAGACAAUUUCCAAUCCAAAUUACUUGCGGCCAUCACGGAGAAACAACACAACAUCGUGCCUAACCCCUAUAAGUACCCAAAAGGUGAUAUGAAGUGGGCUAAAAAACGUGAGGCCAUUCUCAAUACACUGAGCAAUAGCGCCACGAACGGAACCGAUCCCGCUGCCUCGAGCGGACCCGUGACCGAAGUUACGGCUACGAACACCGCUGAAACGCAGACUGGAGUCCCUACCGCGGAAGUCAUCACCACAACCGAUGGAGCGGGUCUGGUCGUGACGACGACUCUUGCAGCUACCGCUACCGAUACGGGGCCUGUCGUCGUCAAGCCCGUGACCACCAUCUUCGGAGCGCCCCCUGCGGAUGCCUCUCAGGUUACCGAUGAUGCUCAAGCUAGUGGCGCUGAUGUCGUCGACAGCACGACCAUUACUGACACGGACACUGCCGCUCAGGCGACCGCAACUCGCGAGGCUGUCGUUGACACCGCUAGCGGCUCGAUCGCCACUUCGGACGAACCCACGGCCACGGAAGUGACUAUCGAAGCUUCUGGUACUACGAUCACCGGUACUACAGCUGCCGAGACGCAAAGUCUGACCUGAGAC